GCCCUUGUAUCACUGAUGCUUAUCGGAUCACUCCAUCCUCAUAAAGCUGUCCAUUACCAUGCAGGAAGGCUCGUCCGUGCCAAGCGGAUGGUAGUGGCAGCCAAUCCUAACGAAUAUGAAUAUAUAGAAGGCAGCAUACCGAUGGAGUGGGACGCUUGGAUCCGAGGCAGACGGAAGGAGCCCCCCUCCGUCGAGGAGCUGCUGAAGAAUGAUUCUUACAGGGAGCACAUUAAACUGAAGGCCAAGGAAGUGGAGGAGAAAGAACUGGCCCUACAGGCCAAGGAGUAUGAGGAAGGUCUGGUGGCGACUCCUGCAAAGACUGUGGCCAAGGGCCAUGCAGCCACGACCAGCUUCGGCAAGCAGGAGAUCAGUGAAGACCCCACCAGCACUGCAAACACGUUCCAGCCUGGCUCCUGGAUGCCCAAUCCCAAGAAAUAGACUCAGACAUCCACAUAUAAUGAGACCGCUGUACAAAGUAAUACAAUCCAAUAGAAAAGUCCUGCAAUGAAUACUACCUUUGUAAAACUGAUAUUCACUUUACAUUGAGACUUUGAAAUUUAAUUUUAGAAGCAUCUUUCAGUUAUAAUGCAAUCCAAGUCAACACCACCACAAACUGACUCCAGAAAAUUACCUGUUUAAUCAACUCCUCUCCAUUUCACAGAGGAAGUAUUUCUUUCAACGCUGUUUUAUUGGACUGUAUUACAUUGUAUGAGUUCCUAUUUUUCUAGUCCCUUUGUGUAGUCUAUAUUGUAUAUAAACAAGACAAUAAGCAUCGAUCAUCUUGAAGCUGACUAUAAGUGACCGCAAUGAUUUAAUGUAGCGGAAAGGUCUGUGAAUAAAGCAAAGCAAAACUAAAAUGGCUGUACUUCCAAUAGUCAUUGAGUUAACCAACUACAAAUACACUGUAUCAUGUUUAAGAGAUAUUGUAAAAAAUAAAAUCUAAUGCAUUGUAAUUUUAAUUACACUGAUAUUGACUCCUUGCCAGUAUGAUGAAUCAUAAAUAUUAAAUGUAUAAAAUCCAAGCUGAUCAGAAGAACAGAUCUCAAGUAUUGAGCUAUGACCAAAAAUAUUGUGUAGUCAUUAUUUGUUGAGGAAGCACUUGGAAAAGCAUAUUUAAUCCUGUGGCAAUAUGUAGAUAAGAUCAAUUAUCUGCUGCUUGUAAACCCCAAGUCACAAUAAUAAAUUGUUACAGUACACUGAUCCCCAGUAAGAAGUUCUUUCACUUGAGGUCAGAGAGCAUGUUGGCCAGAGUUAAUGAAGAAAGUUCAGCAGGACUAUAAAAAAA